AUGGGAAACGUUGAUACAAAAUUGAAUUUUCGUAAAGCCGUGGUGCAAUUAACGUCAAAAUCUGAGCCUAUAGAUGCAAAUGAUGACUCUUUUUGGGAACAAUUUUGGUCAGAAAACGUAACAAACGUACAGGAUAUUUUUACGUUGGUUCCCGCGGCCGAAAUAAGGGCUUUAAGGGAAGAUGCGCCAUCAAAUCUGGCAACAUUGUGCUAUAAGGCGGUCGAGAAGAUGGUCAAAGCCGUUGAUAGUAGCUGCAGAACCCAACACGAGCAACAGACAGUUUUAAAUUGUACAAGACUGUUGACAAGGAUUUUGCCGUAUAUUUUUGAGGAUCCCGAAUGGAAGGGAUUUUUUUGGUCAUCUUUACCAACUUCCGGUGAAGAUGAUGAUUCCAUUCCACUGGCACAGUCUUUGCUUAAUGCUAUAAGUGACUUGCUAUUCUGUCCAGACUUUACCGUAGUCGCAAGCCGAAAAAGCGGACCAGAUAAAGCUGAAGAGCUCAACUCCAUCGACAGUUGCGAAUACAUUUGGGAAGCUGGCGUAGGCUUCGCCCAUUCCCCGCCCAGAAAUCCCGCAUAUGACGCGCACAGAUGCGAGCUACUCAAAUUGCUUUUAACGUGUUUCAGCGAAACAAUUUACCAACCGCCUACAGAUAUAUCGCAAAAUCCCAACAAAUGGAUUCUGCACUUGACCUCUGCCGAGAACCGUCACGCUUUGCCGAUGUUCACUUCCCUCAUAAACACCCUGUGCGCCUACGAUCCGGUGGGUCUUGGCGUUCCUUAUAACCACCUGCUUUUCAACGAUUCGUUGGAACCGCUGGUGGAGGCGGCCCUGCAAAUUUUAAUCGUCACUCUAGAUCACGACACCAGCUCUUCUACCCCGCACGAAGGGGACGACACCACCGUCCCUGACAAUCUCUUCAUCAACUAUCUAUCGAGAAUUCACAGGGACGAGGAUUUUCAAUUUAUUUUGAGCGGCGUGACAAGGUUACUGAACAAUCCUCUGGUGCAAACCUACUUGCCAAACUCGACGAAAAAAGUUUAUUUUCAUCAGGAGCUCCUCGUGUUUUUCUGGAAAAUGUGCGACUAUAACAAGAAAUUUUUGUACUUCGUUCUAAAAAGUAGCGAUGUUUUGGAAGUUUUAGUGCCUAUAUUGUAUCAUCUAAACGAUUCUAGAGCUGAUCAAUCUCGAGUGGGUUUAAUGCACAUUGGAGUGUUUAUUCUGCUUUUACUUUCUGGCGAGCGAAAUUUGGGAGUGCGGUUAAAUAAACCGUACACGGCCACAAUACCGAUGGAUAUACCGGUUUUUACCGGCACGCAUGCCGAUCUUUUGAUAAUAGUUUUUCAUAAAAUUAUUACCACCGGACAUCAAAGAUUGCAGCCUCUAUUUGAUUGUCUUCUAACUAUUCUAGUCAACGUUUCCCCAUAUUUAAAGACGUUAUCCAUGGUAACGAGUACAAAGUUGCUCCAUCUCUUGGAAGCGUUCAGUACUCCUUGGUUCCUGUUUUCUCAACCUUCUAACCACCAUCUAGUAUUUUUCUUGCUAGAAAUAUUCAACAACAUUAUUCAGUAUCAGUUUGAUGGAAACUCGAACCUUGUGUACACCAUCAUCCGUAAACGGCAAGUGUUCCACUCGCUGGCAAACCUGCCUAGCGAUUGCGGCACAAUAUCGAAAUCGAUGACCCGCCGCAGCACGCGUAGCCGCCUCUCGGCCGCCCCCAGCACCGAAAACGUAUCGGAACCCCCCAUGGAGGGUUCCCGUCCUGCGUUGCCAGCGGAACCGGGCACGCUGAAGGCGACGUUGCCAGACACGCCCGCCAUCGGGCAGAUGACCGAGCGGGAGUCUGCGCACCUGGGCUUUCAAGCGCUGACCAAUGGCGUGGCCGCUAUCGCCAUAAGUGCGCCGCCACCCAUGGAUAAAGGUGGCGACAGCGCAGAUGAGACUGGUCCAAGUUUGGACGUACAAAAAAAGUACGAACCCCCAAGAAGUCCAACCGCUUCCGAGGCUUCUUCAUUUACUAGAUCCGUAAAUACUCGUAAUAGUUUGAGAGUUAGCGCCUCCAACGAAAACACAAGCGGUCAGUGGGUUCCCACAGGAGAAUGGGUCCACUCCUGGAAAACCAAACUACCCCUACAAACUAUAAUGAGACUUUUACAAGUUUUGGUACCUCAGGUCGAAAAAAUAUGCAUUGACAAGGGUUUGACUGAUGAAAGCGAAAUACUAAAAUUCCUGCAACAUGGUACUUUGGUGGGUCUUCUCCCAGUACCCCACCCCAUAUUAAUCAGGAAAUAUCAGGCUAACGCUGGCACCACCACAUGGUUCAGGACUUACAUGUGGGGAGUCAUAUAUCUAAGGAACGUUGACCCCCCAAUAUGGUACGACACUGACGUGAAACUUUUCGAAAUCCAACGCGUUUAA